AUGGCGUCGGAAAGCGACACCGAAGAAUUCUUUGAUGCUCCAGAAGAUGUGCACCAAGGGGGUGGCUACCCUGUAGGGUCUUCAGAAAAGGUUGGAAUUUCAACAUUAAAGGAAACAGAGAACACUGCACAAAAAGUUGGAAAUGAGUCCCCUGUACAAGAAUUGAAACAAGAUGUGAUUAUUGAAAGUAUUAUUGAGGAGACUCAGAAAGUACUUCAGCUUGACGAUGACUCUUUGGAUUCCAAAGGAAAAGGACAGUCUGAUCAGGCUACUGCCAGUCCUCUUAUUGCUGAAACAGAUCUUAAUGUACCUGGACUGUUAGCCACAAGUCUAGUCCUACAGGAACAUUCCAAAAGGGCAGAGAGUCAGAAUACAUCUGAAGAAACUGAAUUAGAACCAAAAAAAUGUUUUCCUUCCAAUGACACCUGUGAGAAGCCAGUAGAUGAAACCACUAAGUUAACUGAAAUAAGUUCAACUGAGCAGCUUAAUGUGCCUGUAACUGAAACAGAAGUAUUGACCAAGGAAGCAGUGGAAAUCAAAGGAAGUGAUGUUCUAGAAUCUGCAUCCUCAAGCUCCUCAUCUGCUAAAGAUUUUGCUACUGUGGAAGAAUUGGCUCCUGCCAAACCCCCAAGACAGCUUACUCCAGAACCUGAUAUAGUGGCUAGUACAAAAAAGCCUGUUCCAGCGCGCCCACCCCCUCCAACUAAUUUCCCACCUCCUAGACCACCACCUCCAUCUCGACCUGCUCCACCACCAAGAAAAAAGAAAAGUGAAUUGGAGUUUGAGGCUCUUAAAACACCCGAUCUGGAUGUUCCCAAAGACAAUAUUACAUCUGAUACUCUGACUACAAGCAUGGCUUCAGAGAGUACAGUCAAGGAUUCUCAGCCUUCUCUUGAUUUGGCAAGUGCUACCAGUGGAGAUAAAAUAGUUACUGCCCAGGAAAAUGGAAAAGCACUUGAUGGGCAGACAAUAGCAGGUGAAGUGAUGGGCCCUCAGAGACCUAGAUCCAACUCUGGGAGAGAGCUUACUGAUGAGGAAAUUUUAGCCAGUGUAAUGAUUAAGAACCUGGAUACUGGAGAAGAAAUACCUUUGAGUCUUGCAGAAGAGAAACUGCCAACAGGUAUUAAUCCUCUCACUCUACACAUCAUGAGAAGGACUAAGGAAUAUGUAAGUAAUGAUGCCGCACAGUCAGAUGAUGAAGAUAAAUUACAAUCUCAUCCAACAGAUACUGAUGGUGGAAGGUUAAAGCAGAAAACGACUCAACUAAAGAAGUUCCUAGGAAAAUCAGUGAAGAGAGCAAAGCACCUUGCUGAAGAAUAUGGUGAACGUGCUGUAAAUAAAGUUAAAAGUGUUAGAGAUGAAGUGUUUCAUACUGAUCAAGAUGAUCCUUCAUCAAGUGAUGAUGAAGGAAUGCCAUACACAAGACCAGUCAAAUUCAAAGCAGCACAUGGUUUCAAAGGACCUUAUGAUUUUGAUCAAAUAAAAGUAGUACAAGAUCUUAGUGGUGAACAUAUGGGAGCUGUUUGGACCAUGAAAUUCUCUCACUGUGGCCGAUUACUUGCCUCAGCUGGACAAGAUAAUGUAGUGAGAAUAUGGGCUUUAAAAAAUGCUUUUGACUAUUUCAACAAUAUGCGAAUGAAAUACAAUACUGAAGGACGUGUAUCCCCAUCACCUUCUCAGGAAAGUCUAAAUUCAUCAAAAUCUGAUACAGAUACAGGGGUAUGCAGUGGAACUGAUGAAGACCCUGAUGAUAAAAAUGCACCUUUUCGACAACGGCCAUUUUGCAAAUAUAAAGGACAUACUGCUGAUCUCCUUGAUCUUUCAUGGUCGAAAAACUACUUUCUUCUCUCUUCUUCGAUGGAUAAAACAGUCAGGUUAUGGCAUAUUUCCAGAAGAGAAUGCCUUUGCUGUUUUCAGCAUAUAGAUUUUGUUACUGCCAUAGCUUUUCAUCCAAGAGAUGACAGGUAUUUUCUGAGUGGGUCAUUGGAUGGAAAGCUCCGCCUUUGGAAUAUACCUGACAAAAAAGUGGCUUUGUGGAAUGAAGUAGAUGGUCAAACAAAAUUGAUCACUGCUGCAAAUUUCUGUCAGAAUGGCAAAUAUGCAGUGAUUGGGACAUAUGAUGGCAGGUGCAUUUUCUAUGAUACAGAGCAUUUGAAAUACCACACACAAAUACAUGUCCGAUCUACCAGAGGACGCAACAAGGUUGGAAGAAAAAUUACUGGCAUUGAGCCUUUACCAGGAGAAAAUAAGAUACUGGUAACCUCAAAUGACUCCAGAAUCAGACUAUAUGAUCUUAGAGAUUUGUCACUUUCCAUGAAGUAUAAGGGUUAUGUCAACAGCAGCAGCCAGAUCAAAGCAAGUUUCAGCCAUGAUUUUAGUUACCUCGUUAGUGGCUCAGAAGAUAAGUAUGUUUAUAUCUGGAGUACUUACCACGACCUAAGCAAGUUUGCUUCAGUCAGGAGAGAUCGUAAUGACUUUUGGGAAGGUAUUAAAGCACAUAAUGCAGUUGUUACAUCGGCCAUCUUUGCCCCUAACCCAAGUUUAAUGUUAUCUUGGGAUGUGCAAUCUGAAAAGUCAGAAAGUGAAGAUGCUGAAGUUUUAGAUACCGUAACUUCUGGUAUUAUGAAGACAGAUAAUACAGAAGUUCUUCUCUCUGCUGACUUCACUGGAGCAAUCAAAGUAUUUAUUAACAAAAAGAAAAAUGUAUCUUAA